AUGCCAAACCUAUGUCAAGUACCGAAGGACAGUUCACAACUUCUACCUGCUCUGCAAAGUGCUAUCGCUUACCUGGCGUUGACUCACUUCCCCAAGAAACCUCCUAAACUACAGCACGGAUACUUUCUUCCUCCUGUAGCGCCUCAGUUUGCCGGUCGAAUGACUCUUGUCUUGGAUAUGGAUGAGACUCUGAUGCACUGUGCGACGAAGCCUCUCGAGAAAAGCCCGGCUUUUCUUGUCCGGUUUUCCGACACGAAUCUCCUGGGCCACGUUUACGUUCGACCUUACACGAAGAUUUUCCUCGACUUAGCGUCACAAAUAUGCGAAAUCGUCGUCUUCACUGCCAGCACGCAAUCCUACGCUGAUCAGGUCCUUGCCCACCUCGACCCAAAACGUCGCCUCGUCCAUCAUCGUCUUUACCGUCAACACUGCACCAUGAUUAAUGGCGGCUAUGUCAAAGACCUUCGUCUUCUGGGGCGCGACAUUUCACGAGUGGUUCUGGCUGACAAUUCUCCAAUCAGCAUGGCGCUGCAACCAGAUAACGGCGUCCUUGUCUCCAGUUGGACGAGCGACGACAGCGAUAGCGAACUCAUGGAUCUUCUAGUCCUUCUUCAACAUGUUGCCCAGUUGGAUAGUGUGCCGGAGUAUCUUCGAGAACGCUACGGUUUGCGAGAGUGGAUUAACAGUCAUAGGACGGCAGCGGGAUCUUUGUGA